GGCGGAGCCCCUGAGGGGGCGGUGAGGAGCGACCGGCCCCGGCCCGCCAUGGAGCAAGAUACAAAGGAGGAGGUCUCAGAGAAACCAAAGUCUGCUCCAACCGCAGAGAAAUACGGCUGGAUUAAGAAAAGCAGUGGGGGACUCCUGGGAUUGUGGAAGGAUCGUUACAUCCAGCUACGGAAAACACAGCUCGUGGUCUAUGAGGAUGAGGAUGAACAGAAGUGCAUAGAAACAGUGGAACUGGAGAGUUAUGACAAGUGCCAGGAACUGCGUGCACUACUAAAAAAGAAAAACCGUUUCAUUUUAAUCCGCUCCCCGGGUAAGAAGGUUCAUGAUAUCAAAUUUCAAGCUCCAACUUUGGAAGAAAAGGAAUCGUGGAUAAAAGCACUUAAUGAAGGGAUCAAUAGAGGCAAAAACAAAGUAUUUGAUGAGGUAAAAGUAGACGAGAGCCUUUCCUUGGACCACGUAACUCGGGACAGAGUGAAAAUGACCCAUGGACGCAGGCCACCCACAAGAAGUCACCUGAAGGAGGCUGCCAAGUCUACAUCAGAUGGUAUCCUGCGACUAGAUCUGGAUAUAGUAGACAAUGGACCGCCAAACUUUGAUUCCACUAUCAGGGAAAGUGACAAUGCACCACCUCAGAAAGAAACUCCAAAGCCACCUAUGCCACCCACAAAACCCACUGGCGCAAAAGAAAACCAAGAUGCAGAGAACAAUCUUCCUGAGCAGGAACAUAAAAAACCUCUGUCUCCUCUGUUGCCUCCAGAUAAGAAGCUUAAGGAAGGCAUAGCAUCAAAGGACAAUGUAAAUGCCAAGGAAGAGGACUCUGUAGGCCCAGAGGAGAAUGUGGAAGGAUCCCAAGCACCAAAUGAGGAGAACAAAAAUAACCUCAUUGACGUCAGCAACAGGGGCAUAGCAAAAGCUCCAAUUCCUCCUCCUAAGAGUGUGCCAGACAAGCUAAAAGUAGCUUGGGACCAACCAGUCCCUGAGCCUGAAAACACAGAAGACUUGAAAUCAUCAGGAGAUAGUAGCAAAGACAACCUUGCUGAGAUUGCCACUGCAGAUGUUACAAAGCCCCCUGUUCCUCCUAAGGUCCUGUCAGAAAAAAUGCUAGCCACAAUGAACUCCAGCCAUGGUGACCUGGAAGCUGGUGGCUGGGAAGACCUGGAGUCUGGCAGCUCCAAGCCCCCAGUGAACGGGAUCGCAGCAGGUGAGGUAGCAGAGGUCACAUCCCCAACAGCUGAAACUGAAGAAGGAAAUGGGAGAACUUCUGCUGAGAAGGAAGAGCAAACUUCAGCAGAAGAGAUAGAGACUUCCUUAGCUACAGAAACAGGCCAUGCAAGUGUCAAAGGAACUAUUGAGAAGCAAGGGUCUGUAGAAAGUGCUUCAGGUCUCAAACUUCGCAGUUCUUCUCUGGGAGACUUGCUGUCUGAUAGCAAAAAUACACAGAGAGCACCUCCAGGCCAAGGUUUCCCGAAGGAUUCCCAUCAACACUUAGCUAAAAUGGAGGAGAAAGUUGCUAAUGAAAGGGAAAAGACAGAAAAACUUCUGCAGAAGGUUUUACGUCAAGGGUUGGAAAAGGCCCAGGAGGGGAAUGGACCCCCAGUGAUGGCAGAGACAUUACUGAAUGAGGCAGUAGAACAACUUCGGCAAGCUACACAAGUUUUGCAAGAAAUAAAAGGUCUUGGAGAACUGAAAAAAGAAGCAACACAGAAACAGAAAGAAAAGCAAAAGGAUCUAGUGACUCUUUAUAGGAGAAGUGCUCCCUGACAUAGUCUUCAAAGAGACUUCUUUCUCAAAAUGAAAGCUAAACAUUUGCCAUUUAUGAUUUGUACCGUUGCUAGGCCAGUGUUUAAAAGGUGGUGUUUUGCUGUGCACACACCACGUUUAUGGGACAGAAUCGAGCUUUGAAUUAUAGCAUCUUUCUCUCUUUCUUCUUGCUGUACAUACCAGUCCAGUUCUAAUCCUCUUAGCACAGCAGAAGGUUACAGGACGUUGAACGGUUUCAAAAAUGUGAAUGCUCUUUAAGGACUCUGUCCAAAGUCCUUUCAAUGGAUCAGGCCUUAAAAAUUACUGGUAAUCAAACCAAGCCAGAUUUUUGAAAGGAGCAGAAUGGCUAUUCUAGCAAAAGCCCCUGUCUGUCUGUAUUUACAGACAAGCAGAUACCAGAUUACACUGGCACCUAUCUGGUUUUCCCAGUUAAAUCAUUUAAGGAUAAAUGUAGUCAGUGUUUGUUCACUUGCUGGCAAGGUUUACCAGACCACCUGGCCCAGUGACAUCUAGGAAUGUAAAUAUAAAUGGUUUAAUCUUCUCCAAAGAUACUCAUAAAACCACAUCCACAGUUAAAAAGUGACCUCACACAGAGGCAAACAAAACUGGCCAACUCCUGACUACAAGUAGUGUCCUCAGAUGUGAGGCAGCUCCACGAAGGCGCUCUUCUGAGUCUGGCUGUGCAGAGCUUUACAUGUGCUAAGCACUGCAUGAGUGAAUGCAAGUCUCAAUGCAUCAUUGCCAGGCAAGUAUUCAUUGUUCCUGUUUCAUUAAUAAGGAAAUUGAGGCAACAAGGUUACACUUGGCCUUUGAAAGAGUGUCUUCUAGGAGCACAACACGUUCAUUAUUGAGGACCAUACCUGUCUGGUAACUCUGAAUCCUCUCAUCCUAGUUGGGAACAAUUAGCCAGGCAUUUGGAGAACUUGUGUUCAGGAGAUCCCUAGG